UUGGGGGAAUUCACAGCUUGUUCCGCAGUGGCAAACCCAAAGGGUGUCCUGGUGUGACGGUGUGACUACUGAAACACAAGGCAUCCUUUGACUUCAGUCAUCUUCAAUCCAACAGAGACUGGUUGGUUGGCUCACAGCAGUUUUGAUUUUGCUUCCUUGCGCCUCCCAAAUUGAGGAUGAUCUACGCGAUUGUCAUUUCGGCUUUGCUCAGCAGCACUGCUGCCAUUGAGCUCUCAGAGAAGAACUGGGACGCAGAAACGGCAGGGAAGAGUGUCUUCAUCAAAUUCUAUGCCCCGUGGUGCGGCCACUGCAAGAAACUGAAACCUGAUUGGGACAAACUGAUGGAUGAAAUCAACGGCGGUCCUGGAUCUCUCGUUGCAGAUGUGGAUUGCACCGGGGAGGGCCAGUCCUUGUGCCAAAAGCAUGGAGUCGGGGGAUACCCCACACUCAAGUAUGGCGAUCCUGGCGACUUGCAGGACUAUCAAGGUGGUCGAGACUUCAAUUCCUUGAAGAAGUUUGCAGAAGAGAACCUGGGACCGACUUGCGGCCCAGCGAAUUUGGAUCUUUGCAGUGACGAGGUGAAGAAAAAGAUCGAAGGUUACAUGGCGAUGUCUCCAGAUCGGCUCGAGGGCAAGAUUCGGAAUGCAAUUCGAAUUGUGGAAGAGGAGGUGCCUUUCAUGAAGAAGGUCUCUGCUCACAUGAAAAAGGCAAAGAGUGAGCUCUAAGGUGCAGCUUAGGCUCCGGAUUGCUUGGUUUUGGCGACUUCACCUCAGACUUACAAGAAGUCAAGGGCCACUUCCAAAAUUGAGUGGCAACACUGCAAGACAGUUCAAAGCGUUGAUGUUGUUGCUUCCAACCAGCGACGCAAUUGGCUCACCUAGAGCGGAAUGCUGAGUGUUGGGAAGCAGUUUCUGUUUCUAGCUUUGGAGAAGAAACCAGUCGCGCACAAGCGACGAAAAGAACUUGGCAUUGAGAAGUAUUGAAUUGAUUUCAGGACUUCUGUCGUAGUGCAUGAAGGAUCAAUAAAAUUGUUUGCUGCCUGGUUGUAUCUGGUUG